AUGGAAUACGAUACGAAAACCCCGCUGUACUCAACGUCCGACAAAACUUCCUUCGCAUACAUCUCAGCAAGAGACCGUUGGCCUAUCAUAAUUACUGGUGCAAUCGACGACGUACACAGAGCAGUAUCAGAAACAACAGACGAGAGCAAACGGGUAGAAGGAAAGAAGAUUGUUGAGGAUCUAGCGAAGCUCAAAUACGAACUGCAGCACGACAGAAAGCUGACACCUCUACUCGAUGAUGGAAACCCAGAUAUUUCAGGAUAUAAUAAAGAACUCGAGCAAUUAGGAACCCCAUCAUGGUUUAAUGUCCCAUGGCUUUACGCAGAAUGCUAUCUUUACCGACGUUUAGCAACAUCCUUCUCCCUCUCAAAUCAAUGGAAAUCCUACGAUGUUUUUGCCCGCCAAAAGAUAUCCACGUUCCGCUCUUCUCGCCCUGCUGUCCUCGAACUCGCCGGCAGGUACCACGAACUUAUAUCACAGUUAGGGAAGCAGAGCGAAAAGUCAGAACAGGAAGUUGAUGAGGCGGAGAAGAUUUUGUUUAUGGAAAUGUGUGAGAUCUGCCUCUGGGGAAAUGCUACGGACCUUUCGCUCCUUACUUCUUUGACGUAUGAGGAUAUCCAAAAGCUGCAAGGAUCCGAGGCACGCAAAGCUUCCGAGAAGAACAUCAUUAUCAAUGAUCUAGGAGCUGCAUAUGAUGUUUUGAAAAAGGCAAAGAAUGAGGGGAAGAAGGAAAGGAGGGUUGACAUUGUCUUGGACAAUGCUGGGUUUGAACUUUACGUGGAUCUCAUACUUUCUGGAUUCCUACUGUCCGCCGGUCUGGCUACGAAUGUUAUCCUGCACCCAAAAUCUAUCCCCUGGUUUGUAUCGGACGUCGUUCCUGCGGACUUUGCUGCGCUUCUAAAUGCACUGGCUUCGCCCCAAGCGUUCUACUCAAACCCCUCGGAUGAAGAGAAAAAUGACGACAAGACUCCCGAACCACUAUCUCAGAAAGAAGUUGAUGAGUUAUCGUUUUUGUUCCAGAACUGGACUGGGUUGUAUGCAGAGGGGCAGUUGAUGCUUCGUUCCAAUGGAUUCUGGACUGAGGGAGGAAGCUAUUGGAGAUUGCCAACUUCUGACUCCAGGCUCCACGAAGAUUUAAAAGAGAGCGAGCUCGUGAUUUUCAAGGGAGAUUUGAAUUACCGGAAGUUGACAGGAGAUGCCAAUUGGGAUCCAACGACACCUUUCACCAAAGCGAUCGGCCCUAUGGGUCCCGGUUCCAGCGUCAACGUUCUGGCAUUGCGAACUUGCAAAGCAGAUGUUGUAGUUGGUCUUAAGAAGGGCGAAGACGAGAAACUGAGAGCUACGGAAGGGCGUGGUGGAGAUAGCGGGGCUCGAAAGUGGGCAUGGAGCGGGAAAUGGGCUGUCGUCUCGUUCUCUGCUGGGAAUUAA